ACUUGUCACAAGUCACAACUGUCAAUAAUUAACACAAUUUUUCUGUACAUUCAAAUUUUGUAAAAAAUAAAAUUUAUUCUAUUCAAAAUGAGUACUAUGCCGGUUACAACUUCAACACUGUUACCAUUAGAAUUGGUUGACAAAUGUAUAGGAUCAAGAAUUCAUAUAAUUAUGAAAAAUGACAAAGAAAUCGUUGGAACUCUAUUAGGAUUUGAUGAUUUUGUUAAUAUGUUAUUAGAUGAUGUUACAGAGUAUGAAAAUACACCGGAGGGAAGGCGAAUAACGAAACUUGAUGAAAUAUUACUUAACGGAAAUAACAUUACUAUGCUUGUACCAGGUGGAGAUAUGCCAGAGUAAUUAAUGCAAAAGUGAAUUAAUUUCAAAUAUUUUUUAUAAGAACAACUUCUAAAAAUAAAUAGAUUUGUAAGCUAUAAAUCUUUGUUUCACUUACUUAAAUGCAAUUGAAAAUUAAGUAUUAGAUCAAUUGAGUCUCGAUUAAUGUCGAAAGAUUUUUUCGUUUGAAAAAUUGGGUUUAUAGUUGAUUAUACUGUAAUUUGUACUAAAACUAGGUUUAUGCAAAUAAAAUACCA